GAAAAUAAAAUAAAAACAAAAAAACAUUUCUUUCUCUCUCUCUAGAUAUAAAAAAACAGAUGGAUCGGCAAAAUUCCGAUGACAUCAUGAGAUUUCUGGAAGGAAUGGCUAGCUCCGACGACGUUCUCUUCGGUUUCCUCGACGAAGGAAACCACUCACCGGAGGAUUUCCCAGACAAUGGCAACCUCAACGGCGACUCAGAUAUAGACGAAGAAAGCGAGGCCAAUAAGAAUUGUAAUUCUGAAGAAAACAAAGCUUUCUGGCAGGAACAAGAACAACUUCUUCAGGGGACACUGUAUCGGACAAGUUCGAUUGAGACAAAGAUUAGACAAGCGACAAAGGAAGCUUUGAAACAGGUUAAAUCAAAGGGUCUUCAUUGUAUCUGCCGGCGGCCCGAUAACGGCGGUUGACGGAGCUGCUUACGUGGUGAAAUCUCUCGAUAUCUCCGAGAUGUGGCCGGCUACGACUGCGUCAUCUCCAAAUCCAAGUGGAGAAGCUCUCAAGACAUCCCUGCAGGUUUGGACACAUUUAUUAUUAAAAUACUUAGUACUGGCUCUGAAAUGUUCAGCAAUCCUUAUCAUUAUCCUUCCAGAUCACGUCACUGCAAAUAUCUUAAGUAAAUUUUUAAUAUAGUGAUCGGUUCGGUUAAUUCAUUUGAGAGAUGAGAAAUUUGUGACUAUUAUUAAAAUUUUGAAUCCCUUUGGAAAAUUUAUCCAUCUAUUUCUAAUCUUGAUAUUAACAUUCCGUGUUAUAUGCAGCCACCAAACGCUUCUAAUCUAUUAAUUUAGGAUUCCAAAUUUUAUAUACUGUUUAAAGUUAGUGUUUUAAAAUUUGGACACUUUCAAAUUUGUUAGUAGGCUUUAU